AACAACAACCAACGGAACAACUAACAAGUCAAGCCAAGUUAAUGCUGUUAGGAAUUAGACCAUUUCUUCAACUACUAAGAUUCAUGUCUUUGUUGUGUUUCUUUAUCAUUUUUUAAGUUGCAGGCAGAAGAGAGAGAGGAAGGGGAAGAGGGAGAUCUUUCUCUUUUCUCUCUGUUUAUGAAAAACACCACAUGAACUUGCGAAAUAAAAAAAUAGAAAUGGAAGUCAAAGACUCUAAAAAUGAAAGGGGAAAAGAGCAAGUGGAAGAAGAGUUUUACGAAGAGCAAAGCAAUGAAAUUGAGAGGAGAAAAGUUGGAAUCAUGAGAGCUCAUGUUGAAAGAGAAGAUCCCUCUGCUAAGGAAGUUGAUGAUUUGAUGAUUCGGAGAUUUCUGCGAGCUCGUGAUUUGGAUAUUGAGAAGGCUUCUACCUUGUUUUUGAAGUGCCUGAGCUGGAAGCGGGCGUUUGUUCCCAAUGGCUUUAUAUCGGAAUCUGAGGUUACAACUCAACUCUCCCAUAAAAAGUUAUGUAUGCAAGGUCAUGAUAAGAAUGGACGCCCUAUAGUCGUAGGCUUUGGUGGAAGACACAAACCUGAUGAAGGGAGUAUAGAGGAAUUCAAGCGUUUUGUUGUCUACUGUCUGGAAAGAAUAUGUGCCAAAAUGCCAAAGGGGCAGGAAAAGUUUGUGGCCAUUGGGGAUCUUGAUGGAUGGGGAUAUGCCUGCAGUGACAUUAGGGGAUACUUGGCUUGCUUAUCAAUCUUGCAGGAUUGCUAUCCAGAGAGACUAGGCAAAUUAUAUAUAGUACACGCGCCUUACAUAUUCAUGACUGUGUGGAAGGUUGUUUACCCAUUUAUCGACAAAAACACCAAAAAGAAGAUAGUAUUUGUUGAGAAGAAAAAAAUGAAGUCCACUCUGCUUGAAGACAUUGAUGAGAGCCAGCUUCCUGAUAUAUAUGGGGGCAAACUGCCAUUAGUCUAUAUACAAGACUGCUAAUUUGGUGACACCACAUCUUGAGAAGUUUUUUAUGGCUACUCAAUAAUUUGAUGCUUACAUGACAUUAUAAUAAAAGUUCAAAUAAGAAUUCUGUUUGACAUUGUACUAA